GGAUUCGCGACAGCGUUUACGGGAAUUGACAAGACGCUUGCUUGGAAGAGCCAUCGCCGAGAUUUAGCAACUUCAUUGUACAGGAUUUAAAACCCUUAUCAAUGAUACGUGCUCAAAAACAUCAUCAUAAUAGGAUAAUAUAAGUAGCCUACAUUGAUAUUGGGCCGUUCAUGAAAGAGAAAGUUAUUUUUUUCAGACAUUCGUGGACGGCAUAAAGUCAUAGACAUAGUGAAUGCCUCGAAACAAGGCAAUGGACAUGGGCAGGCAACUGUUGGCAAAGAUGCGGAGGACGAGGAAGGGCAAGUUCACGCCAAUCCCUGUAUUAGCACAGGGCCUCGAGGUCCACUUCUACCUGCGAGACUCUCACCAGCUUGAGUUUCUCUGGGGUUGUUACACUGCUGAGCAGCUGUGCACAGAGGCAGCCAAGAAGUGUGGCAUUUCACCUCUUUGCUUCAAUCUGUUUGCCUUGUAUGACGAGGGCAUGGACAUCUGGUACCCUCCCAAUCACACCUUCAAAAUCGAGGAGAGCACCUGCUUAAAGCUCCACUAUCGCAUGAGGUUCUACUUCACCAACUGGCAUGGUGCGAAUGACAAUGUGCCACGUGUUUGCAGACAUGCCCUCAAGACAAAGAACGGCAAUGGGCCGAAGACCGAAUCAGGGGGUACGGCACUCCUUGAGGCUGCCUCACUGAAGUAUCUGUUUGCCCAGGGUCAGCAUGACUUCCUGAAGGGGUGGGCCGCAGUGCGCAACCCUCAGAAUGAAGAGGAGGCCCACUUUAUUGAGAAUGAGUGCCUGGGGGUGGCAGUGUUGUCUAUCACACACAAUGCCUUGGAGAAGAACAUCGGCAACCCAUAUUUAGCAGGACAGAUCAGCUAUAAGAAAUACAUCCCAGAGAGCGUGAACCAAAUCAUCAAGCAGCGGAACUUCCUGACACGACUCCGCAUCUCCCGGGUGUUUCAGCACUUCUUUAACGAGUUCAACAACAAGACAGUGAAGAGCAACAAAGUCAACACCCAUGACAUCAAGGUCAAAUACUUGGCUACGCUGGAGACGCUGACCUGUGAGUUCGGCUGUGAGAUGUACAAGCCUGAAGUGCUACGUGUGACUGACAGCGAAGGGGAGAUGGAAGGAACACCCACUUCCUGUAACCAGGGUCAGCCCACCCAGUACCAAGUCCUUGUGUCUGGAAAUACAGGGAUCAAGUGGCGGAGGAUGCAACAGAAUAAUGCAUGGACUGCCAAAGAGAAGAAAAAAUCAAAAAAGUACAAAACCGACAUCAACUGGAAGAACAAACCAGCUCAAGACGUUUCGAAUGACUGGAAAACCUUCUCUGAUUUCUAUGAGAUUACACACAUCAACAUCAAGGGCUCCACAGUCACUGUCCACAAGCAGGACAACAAAAAGAUGGAACUGAGCCUGGGUUACCAUGCAGAGGCAUUGUCUUUUGCCACCCUCAUUGAUGGAUACUUCCGUCUGACAGUGGAUGCACAUCACUUCCUGUGUACAGAUGUGGCCCCUCCCUCCGUGGUACAGAACCUGCAGGAAGGCUGUCAUGGUCCAAUCGGCAUGGACUACACCUUCCACAAGCUGCGUCAGGAGGGCAGGGAGGAGGGCAUGUAUGUGCUGCGCUGGAGCUGCAUCGACUAUGACCACAUCAUCCUGACUGUCAAAUGCAAUGAAGUGAACCAGACCGAUAGCCAUCCGUACCGUAGCUUUAAGAUCGAGGUGGGGCCGGAAGGCUACGGCCUGAGUGGUACAGCUCUGAGGCAGCCCUCUCUCGGGGAGCUGAUGGAACAGCUGAUGGGCCAGAGACUUAGUUCAGACGGAGUCUUCUUCCAGCUCCGCAAGGCCUGCCCUCCGCAGCCCAGAGAAAUGUCUAACCUGCUACUAGUGACAAAGAGAGAUGCGGAGCCGACGUACCCUGUACAGAGUCAUGUCAUCUUCCACAAGAUCCUCAACGAGGACAUAGUGCAGGAGGAGCACUUGGGCUGUGGCACCAGAACUAACAUCUAUGCUGGCAAAUUUAAGAUAAAGAGUGAGGAAGAGAAGGAUGUGUGGGGUUCCCAAACCUACCACGAGGUGAAAGUGGUCCUGAAAGUGCUAGGGUCCCAACACAGAGACAUGUCUAUGACUUUCUUUGAAACGGUCAGUAUGAUGCGUCAGGUGUCCCAUCAACACAUCACUCUGCUGCACGGUGUCUGUGUUCGCAACCAUGACAAUAUCAUUGUGGAGGAGCAUGUGACGCUGGGUCCUCUGGAUGUGUUCAUGCGGGGACAUCGUCUUGAACUCAGCACCUCCUGGAAGUACCAGGUGGCCAAACAACUGACCGGCGCCCUCAGCUACCUGGAGGAUAAGAAGCUGGUCCAUGGCUAUGUGUGUGCUAAGAACGUCCUAGUGGAGCGGGAUGGCCUAGAGGGAGAGACUGGGCCCUUCAUCAAACUGAGUAGCCCCGGGGUCUCCAUCUCCGCACUCAACAUACAAGAGUGUGUGGAGAGGAUCCCGUGGAUCGCCCCAGAGUGUGUGAGGAACAGCCAGGCCCUGAGUGUUGCGGUGGAUAAGUGGGGAUUUGGCACCACACUGUGGGAGAUCUGCUAUGAGGGAGUGGCUCCUCUCAAGGACAAGAAACUCAUAGAGAAGGAGAUGUUUUACUCAGCCCAGUGUUCCCUGGUGACCCCAGACUGCCCUCAGCUGGCUGAGCUCAUCACCAAGUGCAUGAACUACGACCCCAAGAGGAGGCCCUUCUUCAGGGCCAUUGUCAGGGACCUCACCGGGGUAUCCGAGCAGAACCCAGUCCUGCCACCUGGUAGGGUGCCCAUCCAGGAAGUGGACCCCACUGUGUUUGAUAUUAGGUUCCUCAGGAAAAUUGAUGACCUGGGAGAGGGUCAGUUUGGUAAGGUGGAGCUGUGUCAGUAUGACCCCCGUGGGGAUGGCCGAGGGGAGCUGGUGGCGGUCAAGUCUCUGAAGCAAAACGGCAAAGGCCAGCUGGCCUGCCACCUGAGAAGAGAGAUAGAUACCAUGAGAGAACUCUACCACCACAACAUUGUCAAAUACAAAGGAGUGUGUAGCGAGGAGGGUGGGAGGACCACUAAGCUGAUUAUGGAGUACCUGCCAGCGGGGAGCCUGAAGGACUACCUUCCCAAAAGAAAACACCAGACUGACCUCAAGAGACUUCUCAACUACGCCCUCCAGAUCUGCCAGGGAAUGGAUUACUUGGGAUCCCAGCGGUUCAUCCACCGGGAUUUGGCGGCCAGGAACGUUCUGGUGGAGAACGAGAGCACAGUGAAGAUCGGAGACUUUGGCCUGACCAAGAGCAUGAAGGAGYACAAGAGUUACUACACUGUCAAAGAGGAAACCUUCAGCCCUGUAUUCUGGUAUGCUCCUGAGUGCCUGAUGGACUGUAAGUUCUACCCUGCGUCUGACGUGUGGUCUUUCGGAGUGACCCUCUAUGAGCUGAUGACCUACUGCGAGCCAAGCAGAAGUCCUAACAUGGUAUAUAAGGAGAUGCUUCCAAAUAAAAUCAAAGGUCAGAUGACUCUCACCCGGUUGGUGGAAGAGCUGAUUGUCGGCAGCAGGCUGCCCUGUCCACCUCGCUGCCCAGACACGGUAUACUUCCUGAUGAGGAGGUGUUGGGAGUAUGACCCGGCGAACAGGAUCCAGUUCAAAGGCCUGAUCACGGAGCUGGAGACGCUGCUGGACGAGAGGCACCGAGGAGAUAGACUGGCUGUCUGAACUGAUAGAGCUCACACAUAGAUGGAUAUAUACAAUAAUAUAAUAUACACUGAGUAUACCAAAACAUUAGGAACACCUUCCUAAUAUUGAGUUGCUCCCCCCACCCCUU